AUAGAAAAAUGGCGGCGGCCGAGUGUGCUGCAAACCAAUUGCGGAAGUGAGUGCGUGAGUUUGGUGGUGAAAAAAUGUUUGCACCACCAUUUUAAAAGUUUUUGGGACGAAUGUCAGCUCACUAUACCUGCAGAAAAUUUCAUGCUCACAUAAUAAUAAGGAGCCCUUUAAGUGCUGCUAAUAAAAGGAUCAUGAUGAGGAGGUCAUAGGGAUUUGCCAUAGUAUGGCUGCUUCUCGAUCCACACGUGUCACAAGAUCAUCAGUGGGGAUUAAUGGUUUGGAUGAAAACUUUUGUGGACGAACUUUAAGAAACCGCAGUAUUGCCCACACAGAAGACUCCUUGCCCAUUCUGCCGCAGAGAGCUAGAUCACCUAAGAAGAAGCAGGAUUGCUUACAAGUGCAAACCAAAGGAGUAAAUUUGGGGAAGGUAUCAGACGUGAAGCAGCAACAAAGUACCCGGGAUUCAUGGGUGAGCCCCAGAAAGAGAGGGAUUUCUGGUUCUGAGCGGGACUUUACUGAUAAGCAGUCAUCAGAGAACUGUGAAACAAAGCUAUUGGAGGCAGUAUCACCAAUUUCUCAAAAGAUUAAGCGUGGCUUACGACCAGGGGAAUUAAAUAGUUCAGAGGAAGAUUCUCCAACGCUAGAUAAAUCGGCGUUUGAUUCAAAGGACACAGUAAUUGAAAACAAUGAGGACGUUCCUAGCCCAAAAAGAGCUAGACUCUGUCUUAUACUGGAUGAUUGUGACAAUGGGGAAGUCAAAAAGAAAGAGAGCUCUUCAAGUGAAUUUGAUCAGUCUGUGUUAUCUAAUGAGUCGCAUGUGAUGACCAACGGACUUGAUGAUCAAAUUUCAGAUGAGAUAAUUAACUGUAAUGACUCUGUAAAGUCUAACAAAGUGGGUACCUGUGUGUCGUCUGUCCAAACUGACACCAGUUUUGUCACUGCAAGUGACAAGUCCUUGUCGGUAUUGAAUGGCAACAAAGUUGAUCCCACGUUAGACCCCGAUGUGCCUUGUAAAAACUUGCAUUCAGAACUACCAGAAACUGAUGCUGAAAGAAUGACAGCAGACAGCAACAGUCCAUCAGAGUUAAAUGAUAACUUGCAACAGCCAUCUGUGGUCUCCUUAUCCGAGAACCUGUUACCAUUCAGGGAGCCAGAGGAAGAGGUGGAUGUAGUGGGUGACAACAGUUGCACAUCUAAAGAGUGUGUUGAAAAUGCCAAUGGUGUUUUGUGUGCUGUUCAGGACAAUAAAGAUAUCUCAGGAGAAACUGUAUCACCUCUAGGGCUAGACUCUUGUCUAGCUGAAGUGACUUCUUUCAUGGAACCUCAAGAACACAGAUACACACUGAGAACUUCACCAAGAAAGGUGCCUUCCAACAAAGGAAGCCCUCAUAAACUCAGUUCUCCUACUAGAGACAAUGUGCCAGAUAAGGAAGAAAAAGACAGUCUGCAUGGCAGGAACAUGCAGGAUGAGCUUGGCCCUGUAAAUGAAACUUAUGGGCAAACAUAUCAGGGUGGUGAUCGAGUAACAUCAACUGACACUAUUAACAAUUUUUCUGAGGCAGAAGUGCUAACAGAGUCAGGGUUAUCAAACAGUAAACCUUUGUCAUCUGCCAGUGAGCUUUUGAACAGCAAUCCAACUGAAGAUGAUGAUGAUGAUGAUGAUGAAGAGGAGGAGGAGGAGGAGCCUGAUGUCUAUUAUUUUGAAUCUGAUCAUUUGGCUUUGAAACACAACAAAGACUACCAGAGGUUGCUGCAAACUAUAGCUCUCUUAGAGGCUCAGCGUGCUCAAGCAAUCCAAGACUUGGAGGCAUUGGCCAGGUACCAGAAGGAGGCACUCACGGACCCAAUUAGUUUUGUAGAGCAGCUGCAGAAAAAGGUUAAUAUCGGAUUUCCUUGUCCACAACGAGUUGUGCAACUUCCUGAGGUGUCAUGGGACCAAUAUACCUCUGGCUUGGGAGACUUCGAAAGAGAAUUUAAAAACAAGAAGCGCAAUACUAGAAGAUUAAAGCUAAUAUUUGAUAAAGUGGGAUUACCCGCAAGGUCCAAAAGUCCUUUGGAGACGAGAAAAGAUGGGGAGUCUUCAUCUGCUUAUUCCACAUUGCCUUCUAGCGAUGCUCCGGAACAGUCUACAUCAAGUAGUCGAUCACAGGUAAUUAGAGGAAGAGUAUAUGAUCAAACCAAACCUGAUACUUUUAACCAACUUUGGACCGUUGAAGAACAGAAAAAAUUGGAACAACUGCUUUUGAAGUAUCCUCCAGAAGAAAUUGAGUCUAAACGUUGGCAGAAGAUAGCAGAUGAGUUGGGCAAUAGGACAGCAAAACAGGUUGCAAGCAGAGUUCAGAAGUAUUUUAUAAAACUGACAAAAGCUGGUAUUCCCGUACCUGGAAGAACACCCAAUUUAUACAUGUAUAACAGAAAGGCUUCCAGCAAGCGUCAGCAUCAUCUGAAUAAACACCUGUACCGACCCUCCACCUUUCUGGCUUCUUAUGAGCCUCCUGUUUAUAUGGAUGAUGAUGAUGAUCAAUCGGGUUACUACAGCAACCAGCAGGAUGCAACAACUGAAGACUCUGAUGAUGAAAGCAUUCCAGCUGAAUAUCGGAAUUUACCAGAAUACAAAGAACUGUUGCAGCUAAAAAAGAUGAAAAAACAGAAACUCCAACAGCUUCAGGUGGAAAGUGCAUUAGUCCAGCACUUUGGGUAUAAGUGUGAUGGCUGUGGAGUAGAUCCCAUACAAGGCGUCCGGUGGCACUGUCAAGAUUGCCCACAAGAUAAUUGUGUUGAUUUCUGUGAUAACUGCUCUGACUGCCUUCAUACUACAGAUACCCACAAGUCAGAUCACCGAUUGGAACCAGUCUAUCGAGCAGAGACAUUUAUUGACAGAGACUACUGCAUGCCCCAAAGCACUGGCUACAAUUACCUUGAUCCCAAUUACUUCCCAGCCAACAGAUGACAGGGGCAAAGUAAGAAUAUUGAAAAACCAGAUGGAUUAUCAUCCUCCUCUUGAAAUUUGCUUGGGCUAUAUUGCAAAGGUUCAAUGCUCAGAUGGGAAAAUAGCCACAGAGGAGCUGUUCAGGGAAACAUCCACCAAAACAUGUCUGCUUUCACAGGAAGAGUGCAGGCCAAACCUUAUCCCUGUGCUGUGGCAGGUCUCCCUAAUAACACAAAGAGGAGAAACAACAUUCCUUACUGGGAAAAGUAAGAAAUUAGAAGCAACGUUUGGUUUUUUUUUUUUUUUUUUUUUUUUUUUUUUUUUUGUUUAGUUUUUUUUUUUUUUUUUUUUUUUUUUUUUUAAUACCAAAGCUGAUAAAAAACAUUCAGAGAUCAGCUUAUAUUAGAUGAGGGCUUGGUUAAGCUCAGUCUGGUAGGACCUACUUUAAUGAGAAUACUUCUGUGGCAAACAGUCAAGUUUGUUAUCAUAAAAUGAUAUUGGUUAGUGUCUGUAGAUAAGUAUUUAUAAAUGAUCCAGUGAGAUUUUGCCAUUAUUUGUGAAGUAGAGAUAUUUGGUACAGGGAUGAACUUUCUGAUUCGUACUAGGUUUUAACCAAUCACAGUGUUUGCUAAUACAAUGCUGUUCUUAAAACUUGUAUCGACCCUACAGAGGUGUCACUGUGGACCUGUUUUCACUAAACGCUGCUUUGUCCUAAUUUUUUAUUGCUUGAUCUUUUCACUAAAAAUAGAUUUUAUUUACCAACACAGAAGCACUACACCCAGAAAAACCCAUUUACCACUGUUGCAAAAAGCAGCUGCAGGUGUUCAAUGCUAAGAUGUUUUCACACUUCUUUUCUUCUUUUGAUUUUUUUUAAAUAAAUGUAUAAUGAUGUAAUCAUGUGAUGUGAACAAAAAUAUGGUCAAGCAAAAGUAGCCAGUGAUAGUAACUGUGUAAUGUUGCUUUGAAGUAACUCCACCUUCACUCUGAAGUACAAGGAGAGCCUUUCUGCCCCCUAGCAGUCAGAAGUGACCCAGGCACAAGUUAAGGAAACUGCCGAACCAUUGUAUAUUUAAAUUACUUAAUUUUGCAGUCUGCACAAAGUCCAUAAAAGAUUGUAUUUUUAUUAUAUAUUUAAAUAAAAACAAAAGGUAAAUUAGUCCUAGCAGUGAGCAGUGGUUCACUUGCUUUCUUUUAUACAGCUAGAUUUUGUUGUGCUUCAGUUAAACCAUUUUGUAUGUUUUUGUGUUUUUUUUUUGUUUUUGUUUUUUUUUGUUUUGUUUUUAUUAUUUUUUUCUGCUUCAGUAUCUGUAUAAACAUGUUCUUAAUGUAAAAAUGUCAGAAAAACCGUGGAAAUAAACUAUGUGGAAAUAGA